AUGGCGUCUCAGCCGCAGGAUUUAGACAACCAGCCGUUGCUGGCGAUCCAGGACCAUGACGCUCAGGACCGCCCCAGCACCGCCGUGGAUUUGCAGUCGCACAACUCUGACGAUUCCCUGGAGAAUGAGGGCCGUGGCUCUCCCCGCCAACCGCAGAAACCUUCUACGAUAAGUCAGCUCUCGGACCGGGGAAAGGGGCGGGUGCUUGCCCUCCAGCUCGGGGAAGAUACAAGUUCCGGGCGCUCAACAAAAUCGAUUGAAAUGACGGAAUUUUCUCACGAGGCUCCUCAAGGCGAUUCCAGUGCGACGCUUUUGCAGCCAAGCGAUUCCGAGGACGAGCCAACUGAGGAUGAUACCCCAGCACCCCAACCUGCGACUUGGAGCCCGUUUUGGCUAAAGCAAUCUCUACUUGGAGUUUUCUUGCUCUUGUUUUUCUCAUGCACAGUAGCCUUUCCGAUUUUAUUAUCGUAUUCCGAGAAACCCAAGGGGCUGGGACGGGCGGAAAUGAGCGCUACAGACGUUUGGAGGUUUGCCCCGACUGCGGUUCUCACGGUUAUCACCAUAUUUUGGUCGCGGGUCGAGCUGCAGGCGCUGAGGUACAUGCCCUGGGCGAUUGCGAGAAAUGGCCCUCGCGGUUCCGAAUGGAAGGAUCUCGAUUAUACGACCAUGAUACCGCCCGUGCUUCUGUUCCGGUCCUUUCAGAACCGACACUUCCUUGUGUUCUUUGCUGCCCUUGCCACGGCUCUUCUCCGAGUCCAGGUCGUUCUUUCAACUAAUUUGUUCAAAAUAAGUCUACGGGGCGUGCCGGAGCCCAUUGAAGUGAACAUCCUGGACUCUUUCGAUACCGUUAUUGACGAGCCGGUAUCCCAGAUUUCCAUGGAUGCCUACUACAAUGCAGUCGCCGUUCGAGAUUUCCAGAUGAAUCUCCCAUUUGGCGCUUCCAAACAGGCGGCCUACCAAACCUUCAACACAAAGGAGCCAAUGAGAGAUCCCGUCACGGUUGUUGUCGACGGGCUAUUUACGCACGUUGAAUGCAGACUUCUCACAAACUACACCAAUCCCCCGAAGAGAGCAAGCCCUGACAAGAAGCCGAUACAAAAGUCCUUUCACUAUGUGUUGGAUAUGGAGUUUGAGGGAUGCCCUUCUCCCAUCGCGGUGCGUUCUCCCUUCAUGAACUGGAUUGACGAAGACCUCAGAGACACGAAUUUCUGGAUUUUGGAUCAUAUGGAAAGGGGGGCUAGUCGCUGCCCCUCCUUGCCACAGGAAACCGACCACUUCGUGUAUCUUACGGGUCAUUGGUCAGCAACACCAAAGAACAAGUCGAUCCCCACCCUCGAUAACCUCGCUGCAGUGUUAUGCGCUCCCAGAGCAACCGUGUCCAAGGUAGAGGUCGUGGCUGACACUACGAGCCAGAACAUGACAGUUUUGCAAGACCAGGGAGAGCCUAAAAUUGUCAACUCUGAUCCUUGGCCUUUCUUGGAGUGGAGUAUCCCGGAGAACUCAAAGCGGUGGGUUGGCAUACCUCGGCUGGAUCAUCGUUGGGAUGGCAUACUACCAGGCCCGUUCAUGACGAGCUAUGAUUUGCAGGGCGCGAUGGGCGCACCCAGUGCUAAAGGAUCGGAUUCUUCCGUUUAUAACAGCCAGAACCUAUACCAGUCGAUUCUGAAUAUCACGAGUCAGAUGAGUCCUCUCGUGGCUCACUACCAGCUCAAAAGGAAUGCCUCGGAUGUGGUGCAAGGAUCCGUUAGCAGGAAAAAUCCCAUCCUUCACGUGGACAGGGGCAUAGGUAUAGCAAUGACGAUAGUCUUUGCUUGCUGCGCAUCCAUUGCUCUGCUUCUAGGACUAAGAUCCAAGAGCGUGUUUGGGACUUGGCAUCGAGACCCGGCAACAUUGCUGGGGUCUAUGACUUUCUUCCAGGAAAUGGGACAUUCCGCUAAGGAGGCCCAAGCAGAGCAAGACGGGAACAGAAAGCUCCUCUGGGCUGCAGGCUCAUAUUCUCCCAUGAUACUGAGGCCUUGGUACCGCCUCCUGUUCGUUGUCUACACACUGGCCCUCAUCAUCGCCCUGAAUGCGACACACCAGAGGUCGACAGCAGCAAAUGGUAUCGCCACAGUUGGUAGCAUCCCCUCCUCCUCCUUUCUCUGGACAUUCCUACCCGCCUUGGCCAUGCUCGUCGUGGCUCUUCACGCGAACGCAACAGACACCACUGUGAGGAGCCUGUCCACAAUUCUUGCCCUCUCCAGGAGAUCAUGUACGGCAGUUGAGCUAGAUGUGUACUUGCUGGACAUGCUCGGGCUUAAAGCGUGGUAUUAUUCUCUCCGCUCUCGGAUAUUCUCAGUCACCCUGGCGCAGAGCAUUGCUAUUAUCUGCGCGUUUCUCACAACCAUAUCUACCCUCCUUUUCACUCCAAACCCCACCUCACACUCCUACAGAACAGAAUUUGACCAACGCACGUGGUUCAGUUCGGUUCCGUCCAAAGAAACCUUGGACGUCGACCGCAGCCUUACUCGCCUUUCCAUAAGCGCGCUGCUAACAAUAAGCAAGCGAAAUAACUUCACCUACCCCCCGUGGACCUACAACGACAUGGUGUUUCCGGAACUUUCCAUGGACACGUCGGAUGGCUUUUGGGGCUCCAACACUGUCGUCAAGGCUUCGCACAUGCCUGCGGCGCGACUGUCCGAAGACUGCGAAGAAGUGCCAAAGAGCGAAUUGGCGAUCAAAACCCGCCGAGUUGAAGGCCCCGCCCAGAAUAACGAGGGAGAAAACGGAGAGGGGGAGACUAGAGUAGUAGCCAACAUUACCCAGACCCGUACAUGCCCAAGCCGAUCUACCAUUAUCGCCUGGGAUACAUCCUGGGCACCUUGGAGGAAAGUGUCGCAGCCAGCAACAUCAGCAGCCCUCCCUUUUGCAAAGGUGCUUAGGUCGGUGUAUUGCGAGUCCAGGCCUAAAAACUCGUCUUGGGAAGUUGUGACGUACGCCUGGGGGAGCUUCUCGGAAGCCACUGCGUCAUUCAACCAUUUGUCCGUCCAGAGAUGCAACUACUCUUGGGUUGAAGUCCCGACCAAUGUCAGCCUGAUACAGGCGGAUGGAUCCAUACAGUUCGACCAUAGUGAUCCUCCAAUCAGGGCAGGCGAGGAGAGGCCCUGGAGCUCUCCGUUCCAGAUGCCGGCCUUCAAUACCACAGGCGAAGAGGACUCAAAGUACACGUCUGUCUGGCCACUGCUCUCGGUAGCUUCAGGGCAAGAAGUACUGGAGAUGGGGUCUCAAUUCAACGUCAUUCUCCAGCCCUAUGGCACGCUUACCCAAGAUGACCUUGGAAACCCCGAAACACAAGCCGACGUUCUCGCUGAAGCCACCUCGCUCCAUCGUAUAGCGGCCGCUCAAUUGGUCCACAAAGAAAACCGGCUGCGCACCAAUCAGACUUCGACCGUAGCUCCCUUCCGCCAUGGAGAGCUUUCGCCCGUCCAAGCAAGGAUUCUAAGAGCGGGGGCGAUCCGGCUCUUCCAGAGUGAGCCGGCCACCCUGGCUUUAACGCUCAUCCUAUCUCUGACUGUCUCUGUUCAUAUCUGGGCUUUGGCGUAUACACUAUUUCGGUAUCUAUUUCGCGACCGGAUACCUUUCUUCCCAUGGGAUGUGGACCUGAAAGGACUGGCGCCCUACCGGUUCAACAGCGUCGCAAUGGUGUCCUCCCUCCUUGAAGGCUCCAACUACGCCGAGAUCCUGCCAAAGCGGGCCUAUCAAAUGUAUCCGCCUGAGCUACAUGAGUAUUUCUCAGGAACAUUCUUUAGGCUUGGAUGGUUCGUCGGACAGAAAGAAAAAGGGAAAGUUUUCACAGUUGGAAUAAUGGAUGACAAGAAGUUUCGUCCUUCUGCGGGUGAUGACGCUGAAAGCGUGUAUGCCAACAGCCACACGGCGGGAAAGCGGUCACGAGUAGAAGAAUUCCCCCUAUCUUAG